AUGACAUCAAGGCUUUACGCCGGUCUUUCAAACGAUUUAGCGGCAUUGCUAGAAAAUUCUCAGAAUUACGAUGUCAUAGUAAAAGUCGGUGGUGAUCUUGAAGACGGAGAGACGGAAUUCAAUGUACAUUCUUUAUUACUCACUGCGCGUUCUCCCUAUUUUCGUGCCGCCUUGUCAAAAGAUUGGGCAAAAAAUUAUGAUGAAAAGGGCUUGAUCAUCUUGACCAAACCUAACGUGUCGGCCAGUGUCUUCCAAAUUAUUUUGAAUUAUGUGUACACAGGCGUGAUAGAAUUUGACAGGCAGGAGGUAUUUGAUCUCCUUGACUUAUUGGUCGCGGCGGACGAACUGAUCCUUGGCGAGUUGGUGGAACACACCCAAGAUUAUCUUAUUCAACAUAAUGCAAAAUGGCUUCAAAAAAACAUUGUUAAAGUUUUGCACACAAUCUUUCGGCAUGACACUUGCGACAGACUUCAAAAUUAUUACUCGGAUGUUCAAAGUUGGACGCGUGAUCACUUUAGCGCGCUUGAAAACACUUUACAUCAGUGCAUCCCGCUCAUUAGGUUUUUCCAUAUCUCUUCUGAUGACUAUUUCAAAAAAGUGUUGCCUUAUAAGAGAAUCUUACCCAAGUCAUUGAAACACGAUAUUUAUGGAUAUUUCUUAUCACAAGGUUAUCAACCAAAAUCCUUGAUUUUACCCCCUCGCAUAUUACCCAUCGAAUCGGUCAUCAUCAACAAUAAGCACGCAUCGUUUAUUGAAUCAUGGAUACAGGCAAAGGGGGAUGAUGACGGUGAAUCCCAGUGCGCCUACAAUUCAAGAUUAGACACUCACAGCAAAAGAUUGGAAUUUAAUUGGAGAUUAUUGUACAGAGCGAGCCGUGACGGUUUUUCGGCCGCUGAUUUUCACGCGAGGUGCGAUAAUUGCGGUGCCUGCGUGGUUGUCAUCAAAGUUCGGGGGCACUCUCAGGUGAUCGGAGGUUACAAUCCUCUCGGUUGGUAUUACUAUCUCACUGGCUACAUUUCAACGAGUGACAGUUUUGUGUUUUCGAUGGACGCAAGUCGGGAUCCUGAAAACUUUGAGCUCAAUCGCGUGAAGGAUCCGGACAAUGCUAUCUAUCAAGAUCGAAAUCGUGGGCCGACGUUUGGAUACCCCGAUCUAUCCGUGAGCGAUCGUUGCAAUGAAAAUUCACGGUCAAAUUAUGAACCGAAAUCUUAUUACAUACAGAAUCGGACUACCCCGAUACCCUCUUUUUACGUUGAUGAUUAUGAGGUCUUUCAGGUACAUCAUUGA